GGUCCAGGUCCAGCUGCGGGUGGAGAGGUCCUGAGUGGGGAGGAGGAGUUGAGUGAGGAGGAGAAGACCAGAAGAGCAGAGAGACGCAGGGCUAAGAGAAGGUGAAGACAGAAAGAACGAAAGAAACUGGAGAAGGAGAAGAGCGCGGAUGCUGAGCAGGAGGGAGCGUCAGAGUCCCAGAGUGAAAGUGAGGAGGAGGAGGUAGAGAGGGUAGUACCUCCUGCCAAGAACAAGCCCACGCCUCCUCUCGCUGUGUCUGGGAACAAGAGCAACCGCCAGCCCCUGUCCGGUUCCCAGAGGAGGGAGGAGGAGCCAGAGUGGGACGUCCGCAGUGCGUUUGUGGCCAACGCUGCCAGUCACAUCAGACCCAAAGCCAGGACCAGUGCAGGCCACGCCUCUAGAGAGAACAAGGAGAACGAGUCUAAGACCAGCGAGGUGGAGAGUUCAGACCCUGUGAAGAAGAAGGAGCUUCACUAA